AUGGCAUCUGCUAAUAAUAGACUAGUUACAGAACAGAAUAUUUUUAACUAUUGCAUUUCUGGUGAUUUAAAAGCUCUGAAAGAAUGCGCUCAUUCUGUUGGCCAAGUAGUUCAUAAAAAUUCACUUGACGGUCAAACUUGUCUUAUUGUCGCUUGUAGAAAUGGUCAUUUAGAUGUUGCUGAAUAUUUAAUCGAUGUUCAUGGAGCAGAUGUUGAACAAGUCGGUGUUGUAGAGUUUGAGGGUGAACAAGUCGAAGGUGUGCCUCCAUUAUGGUGUGCUGCAGCGUCUGGUCAUUUAAAACUAGUUGAACUGCUGGUCAGUCGUGGUGCAGAUGUCAAUCGGACGACAAUUACAAAUUCAACAGCACUUCGUGCAGCCUGCUUUGAUGGACAUGAACAGGUUGUUCGAUACCUUGUUGAACAUGGAGCUAACAUAGAAAAUCCUAAUCGUCAUGGUCACACUUGUCUUAUGAUUAGUUGUUAUCGACGUCAUGACAAUAUUGUUGAAUAUUUACUCAGUAAAAAUGCUCGAGUCAACAGACGAAGCGCUAAAGGUAAUACUGCAUUACACGAUUGUACAGAAAGUGGGAAUUUAAAGUGUCUACAGUUGUUGCUGAGUCAUGGAGCUAUAAUGCGUAAAGAUGAAUAUGGUCAAUCACCUAUCAUGUCUGGAGCGAAUGCAGCCUUUAAAAAGAUUGUGGAUUAUUUAUCUGUUUUCGAUAUACCGGAUACAGGACAGAAGAUUAGUUUCCAUGAGAAAGCUGCAGCCUAUGAUCUGCUAGGCGCUAGUCUAUUCGAUCGACAUUCCCUUGUACAAGAUGCUGUUGCUGCUUGGUUUCAAGCGAUAAAAUAUCGUACAGAAUUUGUCAUCUAUAAUACUAUUGUCCCACUGGAAAUUGUUCAUCCAGAUAUUAAUAAUUAUAAAUUUAUUCCACAUCGUGUACCAAAGUGUUCCUAUUGUAAAAAUGGAUUGAAAUCGUCGUUCACUUCGUCACCACCAUCCACAUCAUCAGUGUCCGUGAAUGAUGAAGAUGCGGAAGUAACAGUAGGUGGUGGUGGUGGUGGUGGUAAUGCCGCCUCAGGAGGAGGAGAAGAAGGAGCGGAAGUUCAGAAUGAUGGAUGUGUUGUUAACAGAGAGUAUGAUAGCAAUAAUAAUAAUAAUGACGAUGAAAGGUGGUCAUUGACAAACAUUUCUCCGAAAAACUGUUGGUCCCUGUUAUCACUGGCUGCACGUGAAGCUGUCGGACUGUCUGAAUAUAAUCGUAAAGCUGAACAAAGUUAUUCUCAGUCGUUAUUUUCACAACGUAACAAACAAUCGACAAUCAUUAAUCAGCUAUUAUCUAGACGUAAUGCAUACAACAGUAAUAAUAAUAAUAAUCAUAAUAAUAAUAAUUCACAGUACAAUAAAUUGUCAUCCACAAAACGACAAAACUCCUCACAAGAAUUCACUAAUAUCUAUAAAAGUAAAUAUGAAAAAUUAAAGCUAGACUUACAAAAUGCCUAUCAAUGUGAAUUUGAACGUUUAGGUCAUUCACUGUAUCGUUCAAAUUCAAUUCGAGAUUAUACAACCUCUGAUAUCCAUUCAGCGUCAUUUUGUUCUGCUUUCCUGCAAGGAGCGCAUAAUUCACGUCUUGGUUUACGAUCUAGUUGUUCUAGUGAUUAUUUUGAUCAAAUGCCUGUUAGUCCAACAACAUCGAUUUCAUCGACUGCGGGUGGUGGUUGUGGUGGAACACCUCCGCCUACUUCUGCUACAUCUUCUUCGCAUUCACCUACGCCAGUAGUAUCAUCACAUCCAAAUGGUGUAUUCAUUCAAUCUGUUUUACCGGUUGAUCCUAUUCUAGGCUUUGAACCGAAAUGUUGUCAAAUUGCACGUUAUCGUCGUUGGUUGCUGGAACCGGUUGAUGAUAAUGAUCAUGGUGAUGAUGAUGAACAGGCAUCUAGGAGUGGCAAUACUAGAAACAAUAAUGCAGAGCAGAUGUCUGUUACAAAAUAUAUUAAUCAAUGUACUAAUUGUCAACGAAUACUUGUUUCAAUGAAUAAUGUUCAUUUGAUGAGUAAUAAUGAUGAUGAUGGUGAUGGUGAUGGGGCUUUCAAUGAAUCUGUCUGUCCAAUAUGUAAAACUGUGAUAAAAGAUUCUUCUGGCAAUUGUUCAGGUGAUGACAAAAACGGUACUAAACAGUCUACUACCUCCACUGGAAAUGGUCAUGUAUCAGCGACUGAGAGUGCAGAAGAUAGUUCUAUGUAUAUUUGUCCACAAUGUCAUUUGGCAACAGAAGAUCAUCCAUUGAUACGUCGAUUGAAACAAUGCGGUGAAGAGGCUUUUGGACAUGUAUGCGAAUUUCGAACACAUGAAGAAUUAGCUAGUCUAAUGUCGAACACGCAUGUACUACGAUUACAAUCCUUGUUAAUACGUUUACGUAUAUUAGGUCCAGAUCAUCCAGAUACUAUUUAUUUCAUUCGCUAUCGUGGUGCAAUCUACGCUGAUGCUGACAACUUCCAUCAAUGUUUAAGUCUAUGGCGUUAUGCUUUAGAAUUACAACGUACAUUUCUUGAACCGUUGUGUCAUGUUUCACAAGCUGCUUUUGUUAGUUUUGCAGAGCUGUUUCAUUUUGUUCUAACAAAUAGUUGUAUUGGUCUACCGGCUAUCGAUUUGAAUCCAACACUUAUAGUGGAUUGCUUAGAAUUGGCGAUAGACAAUAUAGAAAGAGGUAUGGACUAUUCCUUCUAUCACUGGCAUCAUAGACAUCCAUGGUCGUAUACAGCAGCGGAUAAAGAAGCCAUCAAUUUAAUGCGUCAUGUCUCAUUAUGCUUACAUUUUAUAGCUAUGAUUCUUAUACAUUAUGGACCGAAUAGCAAGGCGCUGCCUAAUAUUCGACCAUUACGACGUCAACUGACCAGUGGUAUAACUCAGGUAGUCAAUGAAACCUUCAAUGAUUUAAUACAAGAUCAUACAGCGAAUCUGUCGACAGUGAUACCAAAUAUACAAGAUUUAAUUACUACUACUACUAAUAAUAAUAAUAGUAGUGGUAAUAUCGGUGAUGGACAAAGUAAUAGUUCAGCCAAUGAAAUGAAAAAACGUCUGUCACCUGAACUACUUCAACGAUUUUUCCGUCAAGUAUACAGAUUAGUGAAAUUAGAUCCUCGAGUACAUCGUGGUCAAAGUUUGAUACACUUAGCUUGUUCACCAGAAACUUCAACUGUUGGUCGUUUUAUGAUCUGUCCAUUUCCAAAUGUAAAUGUUCUAUCCUUAUUAUUUGAAUUGGGCGCUGAUGCAAAUUGUGCUGAUGUUGAUGGUCAACGGCCUAUUGGUCAUGUGCUUGCUCAACGUCGACUGAAAAGUUCUGAUCAUGCAUCUCUUAUCAAAACUCUUGUCAAGUGUGGUGCUCAUUUGGACGCUACAAAUCGUAAUUCUCAAACUGUUCUCUAUCAGCGUUUUCAACAUAUCCUGGCUGAAUCACAUGUACAAGUAUUGAAUCAUGUGACAUUGGCGUGUCAUGCUGCUCGUGUAGCCAAUCGGUAUGGAUUAACUGCCUCCAACCCAUCGGUACAAGCCUAUUUACCGAGUUAUUUAUUGUCUUUCUUACAAAUGCAUCAAUAAUAGUGAUAAUAGAGUGGAACAAGAAUUUGUAUUUAUUUUGCUUAUUGAUAAAGGAGACUAAUUGAUUCGUUAAUAAUUACGAGGACAAGUUGGCUUACAUUUGUUGGCUCUUCAAAUGAGACCGCACGUGUGUGUGGAGACCAGGUACAAAGUGCCAUGUACGUUACCUAACACUCCUGCCUUCUUCUGUGAUUGCCACAUUGUUGCCUAUUUCCUGUUUUCUCCUCAGCUGUUUUCUUUGUCUGUUUGUUUGUUUGUUGUUUACGCUUAAUAUAAACGAUGAUGUGGGUUGACGACCGCUGCCGCCUUUGAGUGUGAGGAUGACUGGGGGAGCAAAUGCAUAAAUGAGUGAGAAAGAUCUUCCACUGGUUGAUACACUUAUUGAGUUCUGUUUUGGUUUUAUUAACUCUCUCUCUCUAUCUGUGAUUAUAUAAUUAUUACUUAUAUAUAAUAUGUUAGUGCUACUGCCUAGUAUAGUAGUUAUUUCAGUAGUAUUGUUAUGCUUAUUUUUUACAAGUAAUUAUGUAUUCACUUAUUCUCUCUUUUUCUUCAAUUGUACAGUUUAUCUCUG